AGCUCUGAGGUGCAGGAUGAGAAACCAGAAGAUGGGAGUUCUGUGAGGAAAACUUAGAAGGAGUCGGAUUUCAGUGCUGGAGCCUGACUUGUAGGAUUGCAGUGACUCACAGAGAGCCAGCCUGAGAGAGAGCUGCCUUUGUUCCACUGCGCUGAAGGCGGGUGGGGGAGAACCCAAAAGCAGCAGCACCAGCAGCCUCUGCCUUUCCUUACUAUAUGCAGGCAGCUGGAGCAGAUUCUCCUCCUGAAAACCUGAUUUUCCAAAAUGCCCCCUAGCCAUUCUCAGCAGCCCUGGACUUUGCUCCUGCUACUUUUGGGUUCAUUGCUCCCUACUGUACUACCAGCUCAGGUAAUAGAAGAAAGAGGAUCAAAGGGGAAUCUUGACCUAACAGAACUAAUAGGAGUUCCACUUCCACCUUCUGUGUCAUUUAUCACUGGGUAUGGAGGGUUUCCAGCAUACAGUUUUGGACCAGAAGCAAACAUAGGCCGUUUGACAAGAACUCUAAUACCUCAGCAAUUCUACAGGGAUUUUGCCAUCACUGUUACAGUCAAACCAAAUAGUGAUCGUGGAGGUGUAUUAUUUGCCAUCACUGAUGCAUUUCAGAAGACAAUUUACUUGGGCAUCAGACUGUCACCUGUGGAUGAUAACACCCAGAGAAUUAUUAUGUAUUACACUGAACCUGGUUCUCACAUAUCUCGAGAGGCUGCUUCCUUUAAAGUCCCAGUGAUGACCAACAAAUGGAAUCGCUUUACUAUGACCGUAGAGGACAAUGACAUUGUCUUGUUCAUGGACUGUGAGGAAUAUCACAGGGUCAAUUUCCAGAGAUCACCCUAUGCCUUGCUCUUUGAACCCAGCUCAGGAAUAUUUGUUGGCAAUGCAGGAGCAACAGGACUGGACAAAUUCACUGGCUCCAUUCAGCAGCUGACAAUCAAGCCUGAUGUAAGGGCUACUGAAGAUCAAUGUGAAGAAGAUGACCCAUAUACUUCAGGAGAGAGCAGCGGACAUGACAGUGUGCAGGAACAGGAGGGUGUCCCUGAGACACAUGAAGUUAUUUGGCCCUCACAAGUCCCAAAACCAUCUGGGAAUUCAUCUGAAGAAACAACUGCAGGACCAGUAAGCCCACCACCAACCAUGUCAGUUCAUUCUGAAGAAACGGAUUUCUCUGGACAAUAUCUCUUAGAAGAAGCAGUGGGCUCAGCUAAAGUCAAAGAACAAGGUGUGACCACUAUACAAACGAAUAGACAAGAAAGUGAAUCUACCACUAUUGUUCAAGAAAUAUUGAAAACAGAAGUGGGGCCUUAUGAUGGUGUUCUGCAAGGUGCAAGCAGAGAAAAAGGGCAAAAAGAUGAAAAAGGGCAAAAGGGAGAAGAAGGACUACCUGGACCUCCAGAAAAAGCAAGCCCAGAAGAAACAGAACUGGGGACAAUAAGACCACCUGGGGUUCCUGGAAAGCCUGGAGUGGAUGGCAAACCUGGUAAGCCAGGAACUCGGGGAUCACCGGGGAUAAAAGGAGAACCUGGUCCUAAAGGAGAAAAGGGAGAUCCUGGUGUUGGAUUCCCAGGCCCUCCUGGACUUCCAGGGCCCCCUGGACUACCUGCCCCAUCUAAGGGAUAUAGAAGACUGGAAAUAGACGGGUCUGGCUCUGGAUCUGGUGACUUUGACACAGACAUAGAACUUCCCAGAGGUGCCCCUGGGCCUCCAGGGCCUCCAGGUCCACCUGGUGCUCCAGGAUUACCAGCACCAGAUUCAAAUGCAGGGAUUCCUGGGUUUCCAGGAGAAAAUGGGAAAGAUGGAGCAGCUGGAGAACCAGGCUAUCGUGGUCCACCUGGCCGUCCUGGUCAAGAUGGGUUGAUCGGUUUUGCAGGAUUGAAGGGAGAAAAAGGUGAUGAAGGUAAACAGGGACCAGUUGGAAGAAAGGGUGACCCUGGAGAGAUUGGACCACCAGGCCCUAAAGGGCAGGCAGGAGCUGAUGGAGAGCCUGGGAAAUCAGGGCCCCCAGGACCCCCAGGACCCCCAGGUCCAGGCUAUGGGUUUGGAUUUGAGGACAUGGAAGGUUCAGGGAUCACUGGCUUAUCAAAUGAACCUCGAAUCGUGGUAUCCAGAGGUCCAAAUGGUCCAGUUGGAGAGAUGGGCCUACAAGGACCAAUGGGACCAAAGGGAGAAAAGGGUGACCCUGGAGUACAAGGUGUCCCUGGUUUAAAGGGAGAACAAGGUCCAGAAGGAAGGCCAGGAUUUCCUGGUGUUGCUGGCCGCCCUGGCGAUGAAGGUCCCAAAGGAGAUAAAGGUGACCCAGGUCCCCAGGGUGAAACUGGACAAGAUGGUGCUAGUAUUGUGGGCCCACCAGGGCCACCUGGACCACCAGGUCCUGUUAUAGCUGUUCCAGGGUCUUUCAUCAAUGCUUCAGACGUAAAUUUCAACUUUUCUGAAAUCAAAGGACUUUUGGGGCUUCCAGGUCCAGAUGGUAUGCCUGGCCUGCCAGGAUUUCCUGGCCCCAGAGGACCCAAAGGAGAUACUGGGUCAGCAGGUUUACCGGGUCAGAAAGGAAAACAGGGUGAAAAGGGUGAGCCAGGAGCUAUCUAUGCCUCAGUCGACUCAUUACACGAAUUGGGCAGACCAGGAGAAAAGGGUGAACCUGGAGUAAUGGGACCACCUGGACCAAUGGGACCACCUGGACAUUCAGGACCAAAAGGAGAACUUGGUUUUCCUGGCAGGCCUGGACGUCCUGGGCUGAAUGGACUGAAAGGCAUAAAAGGUGAACGGGGUGUAACAUUAUAUGGCCUCCCUGGUUUGCGUGGCCCCCCUGGCCUUCCAGGUCCUCCAGGCCGUGUAGUAUAUAUUAAAGGAACUGUUUUCCCAAAUUCUCCCAGGCCUCAGUGCAAACCAACGGUAGGCACUGAUCACCCUGGAAACCCAGAAGUGACCGAUGGUUCCAGGAGUGUACAUGGCCCACUGGUCCUCAAAGGUGAAAAGGGAGACAGAGGUCCAUCAGGGCCACCAGGUCCUUCUUUUCCAUCAGCAUAUUUUGACCACUUAAAUAUCAUGAAGGGUGAGAAAGGAGAGAAUGGAGAAACUGGCCAUAAAGGAGAAAAAGGAGAAGCAAAUGGAGGGUUUUUAAUGUCAGGACCACCAGGACUUCCAGGAAGACCAGGACCAGUGGGGCCAAAAGGAGACACUGUUGUUGGGCCUAGAGGGCCCCCAGGAGUACCCGGCCUACCUGGACCUCCAGGGUUUGGACCAGCUGGGCCGCCUGGUCCCCCAGGGCCUCCUGGACCCCCAGGACCUCCAUCAAUCUAUGGUUCAGUAGCAGUAGCAGGCCCACCAGGACCUCCUGGGGAACCUGGAUUACCAGGAAGCAAGAAUCUGGUUAUGACACUAAGCAAUGUUGGCAACAUGCUACAAAAUGUUCACUUAGUUUCAGAAGGCACAUUGAUCUAUCUGAGUGAAACCAGUGAAGCUUUUAUUCGUGUUCAAGGUGGAUGGAAAAAACUGCAGCUUGGUGAACUUAUUCCUAUCUCUGCUGAGAGCCCUCCACCUCCAGCAAUUUCUAGCCAGGGUUUUCAACACCUUCCAGCACCAGUUCCGCUUUCGGGUCCUGACAGCAGAAGGCCAAGCCUUCAUCUAGUUGCUUUGAAUACCCCAUUUUCUGGUGAUAUGCGAGCUGACUACCAGUGCUUCCAACAAGCCCGGGCUGCUGGCUUAACCUCAACGUACAGAGCUUUCUUGUCUUCGCAUCUUCAAGAUCUCUUGACAGUUGUCAGGAAAGUUGACAGAUACCAUCUGCCCAUAGUUAACCUUAAGGAAGAAAUAUUGUUUGAUAAUUGGGAGUCAGUUUUCUCUGGCAAUGGGGGCCAGUUUGAUCUCCAGAUUCCAAUUUACUCCUUUGACGGCAGGAAUGUAAUGACUGAUUCAGCCUGGCCUCAAAAAGUCAUCUGGCAUGGUUCAAGUCCGCAUGGAAUACGACUGAUUAGUAACUACUGUGAAGCCUGGAGGACAGCAGAUCUAGCAGUCAUGGGACAGGCAUCACCUUUGAAGUCUGGAAAACUUUUGGAUCAAAAAGCAUAUAGCUGUAGCAACAGGUUUAUUGUUCUUUGUAUUGAAAAUAGUUAUAUCUCAGAUACUCAAAGGAAAUAAAUUUCCUCUCCUUCCAGUGCAAAUUUAAAUUUUUAUUAUAAAAAGUUGUCAUUGAAAUAUAAUUUUUAAAUGAUGUAAAUAUUGUAUUGCAAGUGUGUACUUUUUUAAAAGGGUAAUAACCAAAGAAAGCAUACCUCAAUGCAGAGUCUUAUUCCAAGAUGGUGAAAUUCAUUUUUCUGAAACAUUUCAGCCCACACAGAAUCUUAGUGAAACAUUAGUAGAGAGUCCUCAGUGUCCACUGGGGUUUGGUUCCAGGGUCCCCCAUGGAGACCAAAAUCUUUGGAUGCUCAAGUCCCAUUAAAUACAAAGAUGCAAUGGCUUGAUGGACUUUGAGGUCUCUUCUAACUCUAUGAG